AAAAUUGUUUAGUUAUAUAAUAAUACUCAAUAUUGUCAAGAAGCCAAGUCAACAAGUGCUGUUUACAGCAGUUUAAAUAGCCGUUUCUGAUACCGGAGAAAAAAAUGUGCAACGUUUUUUGUUUUAGUGCUGAAUAUAUAUUUUUCCAUUGUUUUUACUGCUAUACAAUUCAGUGGGGCAUGUGAUUUGUCUGUUAUUGCUUACUUUAAAUCAAGGUGUUAAUAGAAUAGUCUUUAAUAUCAAAGUGAUAGUGGUUAUUUUUGAGAGGUUAUUUGUGCCAGAAUUGUGUUCAUUUUAGACAGAACAGAAUGCCUUCUUCUAAUAAGAGUUUGGUUGAGGAUACUGAAAAUCUUGAAGAUGGAUUAUCCGCAAGGGAGAUGAUUAACACCGGUUAUGGACUAACUUACAACGAUUUUAUCAUCCUGCCCGGUUAUAUUGAUUUUACGCCGAAAGAAGUGGACUUGUCGUGCCGGCUGACGAGGAAGAUCGCCCUCAAUACUCCUCUUGUGUCAUCUCCCAUGGACACGGUGACGGAGUCCGACAUGGCUAUCGCAUUAGCUCUCUGUGGAGGUAUUGGAAUAAUUCACCAUAAUUGUCUACCAGAAUAUCAAGCUAGCGAAGUCGCUAAGGUAAAAAAGUACAAGCACGGAUUCAUUAGAGAUCCGAUAGUACUAGGACCAAAAAACACUGUCAUGGAUGUCCUCGCGAUUAAAGAGAAACACGGAUUUUGUGGCAUUCCAGUGACAGAAAAUGGAAAAGUCGGGGGAAAACUGAUCGGUAUGGUUACUUCGAGGGAUAUAGAUUUUCUGGAGGGAAUGCAUCUGAAAACUACAACGUUAGAAGAGAUAAUGACAAGACUGGAGAAAUUGAUAACCGCUGCUUCAAAUGUUACCUUGAACGAGGCAAAUUCAAUCUUGGAAAAGAGCAAAAAAGGAAAAUUGCCAAUAGUUAAUCCUGAUGGAAAUUUGGUAGCUUUAAUAGCUAGGACAGACUUGAAGAAGGCAAAAAACUACCCAUUUGCAUCUAAAGAUAAUAACAAACAGCUCUUAGUUGGUGCUGCCAUAGGAACAAGGGAAGAAGACAGAGCCAGGCUAGCCCAUUUGGUUAAUGCUGGAAUUGACGUAAUUGUGCUAGAUUCAUCCCAAGGAAAUUCUAUAUAUCAAAUAGAGAUGAUAAAAUUCAUAAAGAACACUUACCCUGAUCUUCAAGUUGUUGGUGGAAACGUUGUAACUACAAAGCAAGCAAAAUCAUUAAUCGACGUUGGCGUCGAUGCAUUAAGGGUCGGUAUGGGUAGUGGCAGUAUAUGCAUUACUCAGGAAGUUAUGGCUGUAGGCCGCCCCCAGGCUACCGCUGUGUACAAAGUUGCUCAGUAUGCCAAUAAAUUCGGAAUACCUGUUAUUGCCGAUGGUGGAAUUUCUUCAUCCGGAAGCAUUACUAAAGCUUUGUCCCUGGGAGCUUCUUCAGUGAUGAUGGGGUCAAUGUUAGCGGGCACUACAGAAGCACCAGGCGAGUACUUCUACACUGAAGGGGUUCGGUUAAAGAAAUAUAGAGGAAUGGGCAGCAUUGAAGCAAUGACCAGAAAAGACGCUGUCGGUUCAGCGAUGAGUAGAUACUAUCACACCGAAGGAGAUCAGCUGAAAGUGGCGCAAGGCGUAAGCGGAUGUAUGGCUGAUAAGGGGUCAGUCUUGACCUACGUCCCUUAUCUGAUAACGGGAAUAAAGCAUGGAUGUCAGGACAUAGGCGCUAAAUCUUUAGAGCAGCUUAGGAAAAUGAUGUAUUCCGGGGAGUUAAGAUUUGAACUUAGAUCAUUUUCCGCACAACAAGAAGGCAGCGUCCACAGUUUAUUUUCAUACGAGAAGCGAUUAUUUUAAGUGAAUGUUACCCACACAAAAUCAAGUAUUAUAUAUGAAAUAUGUAUUAAUAUAUCUCUAUUUUUAUCAAAACAUUAUUUUUGUAUAUAAAAUAGAAAAAUAUGCAC